GCACCACCCACAGUGUUCGCUUCAUAGCCUAGUAAUACCACCAAGACCCUCGGCUCAUCAUUCCCCAUUGAACAAUUGAGCUGCACGCAAUCCAUCGCGCACUGCUGGUCCCGUCUUGCGUCCCUUUGAACCAUGUCGAUUGUAGAAGAGUCUGAACUCGUCAGGCUUCAGGACAACAUCGCUGAGGCACAUGUAAAGGCAGCGCUGACUGCUGACGAGGGCAGCGAGGCCAAGCUCAUCUCGUGGAGCGUUGAAGACUUCACUAACAAAGGCGAUAAUUACGCCACCAUCGUUACCAGUGUCAGUGUCAAGUUUUCCCUGCUGGGAAAAAAACAAUCUUCGUCAUAUGUGGUCAAGCUCCUACCACACUGGUCAUACAGUGAAGGCGGUCCGGAAUUUGGUCUAGCAGUAUUUGAGAAAGAGUCAGAAUUUUUCAAAGAAAUUCUUCCUGUGUUAAACUAUGAGCUGACCUCUCUUGGUUUCAGUCCCUUGAGAGUAGCGAAAUGGUUUUAUACAUCUUUAGAGAAAGAGAAAGAGAUGAUUUUCUUAGAAGAUCUUCGUCCACGAGGAUUUCAAAUGUUCGACCGAAAGAAGAGCCUGAGUGUGGCGCACGCCACUCUUGUCCUGCAGGAGCUGGCCAGACUGCACGCAGCCUCGCUCCUGUUAAAAGCCAAGGCUCCCACAGAGGAUCUAGCGGACAGGUUCACUCAUAUUAAAACUGAUUGGAUGACUUUCUCAGACUCUGCAAAAGCGAUGAUAAAUGGGGUUUUUUCUGGCUCAUUAAAUAGUUGUGAGCACUUAUUACAUAACAUAAAAGGCUAUGAGGUAGCAGAGCAGUGGAUAGCCAAGCACAAGGAUUACUGGGCUGAACUUAUACAGAUUCAGUUGGCCAGAAAUCCCAAGUUUGAUGUCAUUUGCCACGGUGACUGUUGGAACAACAAUAUGCUCUUCAGGUAUAACAAAGAAGGGGAUCCCGUUGAGGUUAUGCUCUUGGACCUCCAGCUGAAUCGUGUUGCCUCUCCGGCCACAGACCUCAAUUACUUUCUAUACACGAGUCUCCACGGUCAUGACAGGAAGGCAAACUGCCAGUACUUCCUCUCCUCCUACUACGACACUUUUCGAGGGAUGAUGGAGGCUGGAAGAAGAAACAUGCCUUUCACCCUGCAGGAACUACGUCAGGAGUACAAAGAUAAGAUGGAAUAUGGGAUCAUUUUCGGUGCAGCGUCGGUGCCGUUUUUAUUAGGUGAGAGUAAGGAUGCUCCCGAUUUGAUAAACAUGAAGGAAGAAAACGUUACCGAGUUAUCAGAGGCGAUGCAAUUAAAGACCCAGAAUUUGGUGGAAAACAAUCCGCUCUUUCGAUCUCGAGUUCUCGCCAUAUUUGACGAACUGAUAAAGCAGGCCGCCACCAAGUCUUUAAACUGUCCAGAUAUGUCAAGUGUAGAAGAGUCUGAACUCGUCAGGCUUCAGGACAACAUCACUGAGGCACAUGUAAAGGCAGCGCUGACUGCUGACGAGGGCAGCGAGGCCAAACUCAUCUCGUGGAGCGUUGAAGACUUCACUAACAAAGGCGAUAACUACGCUACCAUCGUUACCAGUGUCAGUGUCAAGUUUUCACUGCUGGGAAAAAAGCAAUCUUCGUCAUACGUGGUCAAGCUCCUACCAAAAUGGUCAUUUAGUGAAGACGCUGGGAAAUUUGGUCUAGCAGUAUUUAAGAAGGAGUCAGAAUUUUUCAAAGAAAUUCUUCCUGUGUUAAACUAUGAGCUGACCUCUCUUGGUUUCAGUCCCUUGAGAGUAGCGAAAUGGUUUUAUACAUCUUUAGAAAAAGAGAAAGAGAUGAUUUUCUUAGAGGAUCUUCGUCCACGAGGAUUUCAAAUGUUCGACCGGAGGAAGGGCCUGAGUGUGGCACACGCCACUCUUGUCCUGCAGGAGCUGGCCAGACUGCACGCAGCCUCGCUCCUGUUAAAAGCCAGGGCUCCCACAGAGGAUCUAGCGGACAGGUUCACUCAUCUUAAAACUGAUUGGAUGACUUUCUCAGACUCUGCAAAAGGGAUGAUAAAUGGGAUUUUUUCUGCCCCAUUAAAGAGCAGUCAGCAGUUAUUGCAUAACAUAAAAGGCUAUGAGGUAGCAGAGCAGUGGAUAGCCAAGCACAAGGAUAACUUGGCUGAGCUUAUAGAGAUUCAGCUGGCCAGAAAUACCAAGUUUGAUGUCAUUUGCCACGGUGACUGUUGGAACAACAAUAUGCUCUUCAGGUAUAACAAAGAAGGGGAUCCCGUUGAGGUUAUGCUCUUGGACCUCCAGCUGAAUCGUGUUGCCUCUCCGGCCACAGACCUCAGUUACCUUCUAUACACGAGUCUCCACGGACGCGACAGGCAGGCAAACUGGCAGGACUUCCUCUCCUCCUACUACGACACCUUUCGAGGCGUGAUGGAUUAUGGGAGAAGAAGCAUGCCUUUCACGAUGGAGGAACUUCGUCAGGAGUACAAAGAGAAGAUGGAAUAUGGGAUCCUUUUCGCUGCAAUGUCGGUGCCGAUUUUAUUAGGCCAGAAUAAGGAUGCUCCUGAUAUGAUAAACAUGAAGGAAGAAAACAUUGCCGAGUUAUCAGAGGCGUUGCAAGAAAAAACACAGAACAUGUUGGAAAACAAUCCGCUCUGUCGAUCUCGAUUCCUCGCCAUAUUUGACGAACUGAUAGAGCAGGCCGCCACCAAGUCUUUAAACUGUCCAGAAGAAGCUGAGCUCGUCAGGCCUCAGAAAAACAUCACUGAGAUACACGUAAAGGCAGCGCUGAUGGCUGACAAGGGCAGCGAGGCCAAGCUCAUCUCGUGGAGCAUUGAGGACUUCACUAACAAGGGUGAUAACUACGCCACCAUCGUUACCAGCGUGAGCGUCCUGUUCUCACUACUGGGAAAAGAGCAAUCUUUGUCUUACGUGGUCAAGCUCUGCCCACAAUGGUCAUUUAGUGAAGACUUUACGAAAUUUGGUCUAGCAAUAUUUAAGAAGGAGUCAGAAUUUUUCGAGGAGAUUCUUCCUGUGCUAAAUUAUGAACUGACCGCUCUUGGUUUCAGUCCCUUAAGAGUAGCAAAAUUUUUUUAUUCAUCUUUAGAAAAAGAGAAAGAGAUGAUUUUCUUAGAAGACCUUCGUCCACGAGGAUUUCAAAUGUUCGACCGGAAGAAGGGCCUGAGUGUUGCGCACGCCACUCUUGUCCUGCAGGAGCUGGCCAGACUGCACGCAGCCUCGCUCCUGUUAAAAGCCAGGUCUUCCACAGAGGAUCUAGCGGAUAGGUUCACUCAUAUUAAAAUUGAUUGGAUGAACUUCUCAGACUGUGCAAAAUCGAUGUUAAAUCAGAUGUUUUCUGGCCCAUUAAAAAGUAGUGAGCAGUUAUUGCAUAACAUAAAAGGCUAUGAGGUAGCAGAGCAGUGGAUAGCAAAGCACAAGGAUAACUGGGCUGAUCUUAUAGAGAUUCAGUUGGCCAGAAAUCCCAAGUUUGAUGUCAUUUGCCACGGUGACUGUUGGAACAACAAUAUGCUUUUCAGGUAUAACAAAGAAGGGGAUCCCGUUGAGGUUAUGCUCUUGGACCUCCAGCUGAAUCGUGUUGCCUCUCCUGCCACGGACCUCAAUUACUUUCUAUACACGAGUCUGCACGGCCAUGACAGGAAGGCAAACUGCCAGUACUUCCUCUCCUCCUACUACGACACUUUUCGAGGGGUGAUGGAGGCUGGAGGAAGAAACAUGCCUUUCACCCAAGAGGAACUUCUUCAGGAGUACAAAGAUAAGAUGGAAUACGGGAUGAUUUUCUCUGCAAUGUCGGUGCCGGUUUUAUUAUGUGAGAGUAAAGAUGCUCCUGAUUUGAUAAACAUGAAGGAAGAAAACCUUGCCGAGUUAUCGGAGACGUUGCAAGAAAAGACCCAGAACUUGUUGGAAAAUAAUCCGCAGUUUCGAUCUCGAUUCCUCGUCAUAUUUGACGAACUGAUACAGCAGGCUGCCACCAGGAAAUAAACUUUUUUUAUAUAAUUUAUUUAGCGCAACGGUCUUUAUUUGUUCAAACCGAGCACUUGUACAUCCACAUAACACAUGUAACAGUGUCAGAAUUAAUAUAAUUAAUUUGUAAGAAGGCUUUUCAUGAUUACAGAAAUAACAGUAUAUGCAAAAGAUCAUAAGGCUGAACGUUCAUGAAUACCGACAAUAAACGUAACUUGUUCGAAAGCUUUGAGUUAUGUUGACUGCAUGAAGACAGUUGUUGGCUUUUUAUAUGUAUCUUCAUUGGAAGAUUAACCACACACAUAUUAGAUAUGUGUUGUGAAAAAAAAGUUCCAGCAUAGUUUCAGCACAUUUGUGUAUGCAAUAAUUUUGCAAAAAUCAUUCUGAAACUUACGAAAACAAAUGUAUUUCGUUGUGUUUAUUUUUAAAUUAUUGUAAACUUAUCUAAAAUACAUUCAGUUAAAAUAAAGUUAGGUCAGGUUCUAAGGUUCUUCUCGUACAAAAUUAUAUAUAUGGCACACGCCUUGACCCACAGACCAUCCGCAUUGGUGUUGCCCUUCGACUUGCCGCCCCUAUUCUCGCCGAACACAGUUGUAUUUGUGGCAGUGAAGCAGCAGACCGAUUCGGGUACCAUGGUCUUGUGUGCCGUAAAUCCGAGGGAAAGAUUGCAAGACAUGAGGAGGUUAAUAACAUUAUCAAGAGGAGCCUCACAACAGCUGGAUGCCCAGCAGUAAGGGAGCCACCCCAACUAUGCAGAUCUGAUGGCAGCCAGAAGCGUCCAGAUGGUAUCACCCUUCAAGCCUGGACAGAUGGGAAGCAGGUGGUGUGGGACUAUACAUGUGCAUCUACCUUGGCUGAUACCUAUCUCCAAUACACCAGGGAGGAAGGAGGGGCAGCUGCCAGCUUCAGGGAGUCCCAAAAGUCUAGAAAAUAUGGAGAACUUGCCCAUCAUUAUAUGUUUGUUCCCAUAGGCUCAGAGACCCUUGGCUCAUGGGGAAAGAGUGCAUCUAAUUUCCUUAAGGAGCUGGGAAAAAGACUCAUCAGGGUAACUAGGGAUCCCAGGGCAGCUAGUUUUCUGUUCCAGAGGCUCAGUGCGGCUGUUCAAAGGGGUAAUGCCUGCUGUAUUUUGGGCAACACGCCCCAGCUCUGAGGAGCUGGAUGAGAUUUUCGCCCUAUAAUCAGUGAUACACACGUAACAACAUGUACCGUAUAUGCCACUUUUAUAUUAACAAUGUAUCUCUUAAAUC